UAUAGUGGGAAUGGAUAAAUGCAGUAAGAAAUCUUUCCUCAAUAUGCUAAACAAAACAAAAAAAAUAAUUCACUGAUUGAAUGAAAGCUUUACAGUCAAACAGACACGUUUGAAUAACAUGUUAAAUUAUACUCGAAUGUAGAACAGACUCAGAUAUAAAUCGGUCAUCUUUGGCGUAUUCUGCUCAGAUUAUUUAAUUUGGGAUUGCAUUCUUAUAAGAAAGUAUUGAAAACCAAAAGAAAGCCAAUAAUGCAAAAUACAUUUCAAGCCGCUGUUAGCUGUUUAACGCGACAAUACAUUAUAAAGCAGUCGUGGCCCUGUGGCAGAGAGCUCUUGAGGACGAAACUGAUAAUUCCACCGACUUCUACAUCUAGCCCAUUUAAAUGCCGAAACUACUCAAAGUUUAGCACACAUCUGUCCAUGGAUCGGGCGAUGGAGCUACUAUGCAACCUUGACGAUGAGGAACGCAGCAACCUGCGCUCAGCUCUUGGCAGGCUAGACGCCGACAAGGAAAAAAAGUUGUACGAGAUAAAAGUGCGUCUGACUUCGGCAUGGGUAUGGCAGUCGUUAUUCUUAACCAGGAUCGCCAGCUGAGGUGAUCUUGCCCUGGCUAUCUGUCCGUAUGAACGCUGUGGUCUCCGAAACAUAAAGAAUAGAGUGUUAAGAUUAGACAUGUGGAUACUACCGGACACGCCAACUUUAACACCCACAAAUCAAACUGUCCCGCCCACAAUUGUAAAAUUGUUAAAAUUUAUUUUUUAU